AUGUUUGUUGUGAAUGCCAACAUCCAGUCUGUCGGCGAUCGCCUCUACGACGAGAAGUUUUACAAGGCGGCCAAGAUCCUGUACGCCUCGAUUCCGAACAACGGACGCCUAGCCUCCUGCCACGUGCAGCUCGGAGAGUACACACAGGCGGUCGAGGCGGCGAAGAAGGCGAACAACCCCAAGACAUGGCAGGAG